AUGAGCGGAGCGUAUCGUCACGUCCACGCGGCGCCGCGCGUGGCGGUGACCGCGGGUGCAUCCGCGACGACGCGGCGCGCGUGCGGGUCCUCGCGUCUGUCGCGCGCCCCCCCCGGCACGAUUCGCGUCGACAACCGCCGCCCACUGCCUCGUCAUCACCGCCGCGCGCUUCGCGUCGCGGCGGCGGCUUCCAGCGGAGUCAACGAGGCGCUCGCCGAGGCCGGCGGGAACGUCGUCAACGUCCUCAACAAGAAGUUCAAGGUUGGCGACCUGCGGGAGGAGUUGACGCGCCGGGGCGAGGCUUCGGACGGGAAGAAGGCCGAGCUCAUCGAGAGGCUCGUCGCGCUCGGGCCAGUCGCCGUCGAGUCCGCGGCGCCUGAGCCCGAGCCCCCGAGCGGUGAUGACGCGUCCAAGGAGGAUCCGCGCGGCGAUGCGAAGCCCCGCGAUCGCGAUGCGAAGCCCCGCCCGCGGCAGAGGAGCGUCAUGAGCAGCCGCCCCGCCGAGCGCGUCUCCGGCGGCGAGGGCAUCGACGAGGACGGCGAUUCCAACUUUAGCGGCAUGGAGGUGACGUUCCUGGGAACGUCCUCGGGAUCGCCCUCGUUCACGCGCAACGUGAGCUCCUACGCGCUGCGCCUGACGGACGAGAUAUGGCUCUUCGACUGCGGCGAGGCGACGCAGCACCAGCUCAUGCGCUCGCACCUCAAGUACAGCAAGAUCACGCGCAUCUUCAUCACGCACAUGCACGGCGACCACAUCUUCGGCCUCCCGGGUCUGAUCUGCGCCUUGUCCGGCGCCAGGGCCGAGCUCAAGCGCGUGCACGGCCGCGAACCCGAACCGUUGCACAUCACCGGCCCGCCCGGCAUCUGCGAUUACGUCAAAGCCGCCAUCGGUUGCUCUCGCACCGUGCUCGGGCUGAACCUCGUGGUGACGGAAUUAACCGCGCCCGGCAACGGCGUCGCGGGCGUCGGCGCCGGCGACGACGCGGACCCGCGCGGGUUCGCCGCGCAGACGCACCUCGCGGCGGACGCCAGGUGCCGCAUGUUCCUCGGCGAGCGUUGGCCGGAUAACGGAGCCGCGGCUGCGCCCGAUUUCCGCGAUCGCGACGCGUGGCAGAGGGCUUGGGACGGGUCGCUGGAGUUGCCCUACUGGACCGUGCACCGGGAGCGAAGUAACAACCCGGGGGGACGGGGCGGGGAGAAGGGCGCGAUCGUGGUUCGCGCGGCACCCCUUCGGCACCCCGUGCCGUGCUUCGGCUACGUCGUCGACGAGCCGGACCAGGCUGGGAGGCUCGACGCGGAUAAGUGCGCGUCGAUGGGUCUGCCGCCGGGUCGCGAUUACCAGCGACUCAAGAACGGCGAAUCGGUGCGGACGCCGGGGGGCGAGUGGAUACACCCUGCCGACGUCGUCGGACCCGACAGGCCCGGUCGACGGCUGUGUUUGCUCGGGGACACGUGCGACAGCGUCGGCGUCGCUCCGUUGGCGAUGGGAUGCGACGUCCUCGUUCACGAGUCGACGUUUUCGGAGGCUAAGCACGGCGAGGCGGUGUUCAAGGGCCACUCCACGUCCGCGAUGGCCGGCGAGUUCGCGCGGAUGAUCAAGGCCAGGAACCUGCUCCUCACGCACUUCAGCAACCGGUACGGAACCGCGAACACCCGAGGCGACGUCCCGAACAACAACGGGUCCGCCGCCGAUCACAACGCACACAGAAAGGUUUCGCCGAAAGACGACGACGUCGACGACGACGACGUGCUCCCCGAGGAGGCUCCGGAUGACCCCAAAGCCGCGGCCGCGGCGGAAUCCAGCCUGGUCGAGGGUUUGGUGCGCGAGGCGUCCAGGGCCAAGGGCGACUCCCGCGUGGUGGCGGCGUCUGAUUUUUUCUCCUUCAACGUCCAGCGUCGAGAAAACUUUGACGAAUUCGACCGCGCCAAGGGCAACAGGGAAGCCGUCGUGGAGGGUCCCGCCGUGGAGCCGUGGCUCGAGGACCCCGGCGACGCGAGACGACGGAUCGACGCGGAGCUGAACGGCGGCGGGCGCGGCGGCGGCUUCGGCGGCGGCGCCGGAUACGGCGGCGGAUUUUAUGGCGGUGACCGUUUCGGCGGCGACUCUUACGGCGGGGAUCGGAGGGGAUCGACCGGCGGCCCGCGAGGCGGCGGCGGCGGGCGCGGUCAGUACCAGCGCGGCGGCGGCGGCGGCGGGCGCGGCGGCGGCGGGCGCGGGGGUUACGAGACCCGGGGCGGGCGCGACGGCCCGGGCGGCUAUCGGGAGAGCCGCGGGGGGACGUCAGACCGGGCGGGAUUUUCCAGGGAUCGGGAGCGGCCGAGGGGAUUCGAGAGGGCCGAGGACGGAAGCUACCAGCGCAGGCGCGAGGUCCGGGGGGAUAAGGUGCAGGGAGGGAUGGGCGACUACGGCGUCGGGCUCGGAGCGGACGUCGGCGUCGAUUCCGCCGAGCUCAUGCGGGAGUUCCAGAACCGUAACAAGUGA